AGAGAAUAAAAUGAGAGACCAAGAGACAUCUGGCCUCAGAGCGGGAAGAGACCCAGAUGUUGUCAAGGCAGGAAGCCUCGGGACCUGCAAGGAAGGAAAGGUGCAGGUGGUCUUUGGUGAGGAGAUGCCUAGCUCAAAGUGCCAACACUUCAGGAACUUCUCCUACGAGGAGGCUGAUGGUCCUCGAAAGGCCUGCACCCAACUCUACUUUCUUUGCCGUCAGUGGCUCAAGCCGGAGCAGCAUACCACGGCUCAGAUCCUGGACCUGGUGAUUUUGGAGCAGCUCCUGACCAUCCUCCCCCUGGAGAUGUCGUGCUGGGUGAGAGAAUGUGGAGCCGAGACCACUUCGCAGGCGGUGGCCCUGGCAGAAGCUUUCCUGAGUCUGAGUCAUGCAGAAAACCAAAAUCAGGAAGAGGUAAGAAAUCUCUCAGUAGAAGAUCAGUCUGAUUUCUAUGCAGCAGAGAAAUCUCCACUCAGCGCCAGACAGAGCCCCGAGCAUCAAGAGACCCAUCAGGGCAAUGAGGGAGGUGCUCCCUUGAUAG